GAGAGAAGCGCCGAGAUUCUCUCAAGCGGGAGGCGCAUGCUCCGCCAUGCUACAUCCUCGCGACGCCUUUUCCAACCGACAAAGAAACCGUCCUCAAGCGUCUUCGAGCAUACAGCAGCUAUGAACAAUCAACAGCAACGCGCAGAGGAACGGGAGCGGUAUCAUGAGGCCGAUGUGGUGGUCGUCGGAGCGGGCAUCUUGGGCUGCGCAAUAGCAUACGCUUUGGGGUGUCAAGGCCGGAGCGUCAUCUUGUUGGAGAGGUGGCUCCGGGAGGCCGACCAAAGCCUCAAAGUGCCGGAUCGAAUCGUUGGAGAGCUGCUGCAGCCUGGAGGCGUGCAGGCGCUCGAGAAGCUUGGGCUGAGAGAUUGCCUCGAGGGCAUCGACGCUAUCAAAGUGUAUGGCUACGACGUGAUAUACUAUGGAGAAGAGGUGGCGAUUCAGUACCCCGAGAAUGCACGAGGGGAAGAGGAGGUGACGGACGUGAACACGGACGAGAUGAGAGGGACGAAGCGCAAGCGACCACAAGGCCGCUCCUUUCACCACGGCCGCUUCAUUCGCAAACUCCGCGAAAAGGCCAUACAGCAAGAGAAUGUGACGGUGGUGGAGGCUACAGCAACAGAACUGGUACGAAGUGGGUGGAACGGACAGAUCCUGGGCGUCGAGGCGACGGUGAAUGGCGAACGCGACUCCUUCUUCGGCAACCUGACGAUCGUUGCCGAUGGCUAUGCCAGCAAGUUUCGAAACGAAUUCAGAAAUGAUGCGCCGGUCUCCAAGUCGAAGUUCUGGGCGCUGGAGCUGAUUGACGUGGAGCUACCGAUGCCAUGCCACGGCCAUGUGGUGCUCGGAGACGGAGCGCCGGUCUUGCUCUACCAGAUUGGCACCCAUGAAACUCGCGCCCUGAUUGACGUGCCCGAAAACCUCCCCUCGGCAUCGGUUAAGAACGGGGGCCUGAAAGGUCACCUGCGCAACGUGGUAUUACCAACCUUACCAGCCAAAGUGAAGCCAGCCUUCGAAGCAGCCAUUGACCGCGAUCGCCUAAAGUCGAUGCCCAACUCAUGGCUCCCAGCCACCACCAACAAAUCCCCAGGCCUUAUCUUGCUCGGCGACGCCAUGAACAUGCGACAUCCCCUCACCGGCGGAGGCAUGACAGUCGCUCUGAACGACGUGGUCCUAUUCUCCGAACUCCUCAGCCCGCAACGCGUCCCCCUGCUAGACAACACUCCCCUCGUGCUCAAGCAAAUGCGCACCUUCCACUGGCAGCGCAAAGGACUGACCUCAGUCAUCAACAUCCUCGCGCAGGCACUCUACUCGCUGUUCGCAGCCGACGACGAGCAAUUGAAAGCGCUGCAAAAGGGGUGCUUCCAGUAUUUCAAGCUCGGAGGCAACUGCAUCGAUGGGCCUGUGGGUUUACUAGGCGGCAUCAUCCGGCGGCCGUUCGUCUUGUUCUAUCACUUCUUCGCAGUGGCGCUAUACGCGAUGUGGAUCUACAUCACCAGUGCGAGUCUACUGGCAUUACCCCUUCGGCUGGUCGGGAGCGUCGGCGUGUUCUGGAAAGCGUGUGUGGUCAUAUUCCCUUACAUUUUCGCGGAGCUUAGAACAUAAUGUCAGCAUUGAAGACCUUGUAUAUACACAAAACGAUU